GGACUCGUGCUUGGUCAGUAUAGGAUUCUGAAGGAUGUCAUUCUAAACGCGCUGUGCUUCUGUAACCAGUUGCAAAAAUGUUGAAAGUCACUGUCCAAAGAGCUUCGGAUCUACCUGACGUGGACACUUUUGGCAAAAGUGAUCCAUACGUCAAAAUCAGCUUUCAAGGUAGGGCCGAGUCCGUUGAACUCGCUUCAGUUCAUGUACGGAACUUCAUGUAGUUGUACAACUUUCAAGGGGCGCGGUUAAUUUACUCUUUUACCUUGACUGAUAAGGGUGACUCAAAUUAGCGGGCUGUGCAAGGUGUAAUAGGUUGCGUUAGUCUCAAAACUUCUAUUGGUGUUUAACUCACCCGAUUGCUAUAUUUUAUUAGAACGGUGCCUAAUGAGACUAAUUAAUAUGCAAAGUGUUCAAGUAUUUUUCGUUGCAGUAUGCCGAAUUUUAAAUUACCUUAGAACUAUGAAACCGCACAAACUGGUUUGCUUACUUUUCGUUAGUCUAAAUAGUGAAAAGAGCUUAAAGAAUAGAAUCAUCAACAUUGUGUUUUUGAAAAGCAGUUUGUCGUUCUCCGUAGACCUAUGAAGCUGUUUACAGCUUGUAUUGAAUUUACAAAAUCAACGAAGCAUUACAGACUAUGCAUUGAUAAUGAUUCUCUUGAUAGAACACAAAAAAGAGUUUUCAGCUCUUUAAUCUAGGUUCUAUUAACUUCGAGGUUUGCUACAAGUACAGCAACGUUUACAUAUUUAUGAAUGGCCUUAUAGUGUUUUUCUGAAUGUGCAUUUCCUUUCCUACACAAAAGAGAGCAAUAUUCGUCUGAUAUUCAUUUAAGGCCGAGUUUAACCGUAGGCAUUUUGGGUUUAAAACCCAAACCCUCAUUGUCAACUGACUUGAAGUAUUUUAAUUUACAGAGCAAACGUUGUACUGACAUAUGCUAUCUUUCCCAAGCAAAGUCUUCGCGAAGUAGUUGAAAACUUAUAUGGCAAGAGCCGUUAAAGUAUUUUAAUAUAUUUGAUAAAGAGGUUAAUUCUUGUCUAGAUACUUCUGGUUUCGCAUCAUUUCCCAAUUAGCGUGCAUUUAUUCCACCCAUUGAAAGCGUCAGCUCUCUAACUCCAAAUUCUUUAAUUUAAUUUCUAUCGGCUGUUGAUCCUAUAUGCUGAAACCGGGAAAAAUACUCUCCUCACUGUCAAGAUAAAUUUUGGACUUGUUAAGAACGUUGUUAUGAAAGUUUUUUGAAGGCUUUGAGGAUUUCAAAACGGCAGAUAUGUCGUUUAAAUUCAUCCUGAAAACGGCCAAAUACUGUCGAAACUUCAUCGCAGUAUAAGGAAGUAAAUUGCUUGUUCGCAAAGAGGAUUUUUGCUUUUUUCAUCUCAAUAAAUUGUAUGUUAUCUCCAUUGCAAUUCAGGAAGAAAAGUUACAUUACACUAUCAACGGUAAAUAGUAUUUUCGCAUUACCUCGCACGUAAUAUACGUAUACUAAGUUGUGCAUGGACGUAUUCUCGUGAAAACAUUAAUUAAACGAGAGGUUAACAGAGCAUAAAUCGGCGGAUAUGUAUGCAUAACGAUUAAUAAAUUAAUGUAUAAAGCUUCGCAGAACCGUUAUUAUUUUUUGCGCAAGUCGAACAAAUUUUAAAAGCUGAAUGUACCUGUAUAUAAAAAAAUGCAAACAGGACAAAUGGUUCAUGCACAUUUGUCACCAGGUUUUAGCAUAAAUGUAAGGCCAAUCCACAGUUUUAACGGUACAUUUUAUCAAUUCUCUACCUAAGCAGCCCAAGAAAUGGCUAUUCCUCCCGGGGGGUACUGUGCCAUAUAUGGGCUAUAUAGGUGUAUGCCGCUGCGAAGGGUAUGGUUUUCAAGCAGUUUACUCUAGGAUAGGGUAUAUAAAUCAGAGCGUUUGGGUCUAGAAUAGGGUAUCAUUUUUCAGGAAACUGAUCAGUUGGUUGGUAUAGGUUAAGGGCUCCAGGGUCCCAGCGGCACAUCUCUACCCAGAAAUUCGUAAAGUAACCCCCCCGGGCCAUUCAUAAACAGACUACCUAAAAAAUCUUAGUUCCUUGUUUAAUAGAGUCUCCUCGCUUAUACACUAAUGAAUAUUGACUCUUUAACUGCAAUCGUAACAAAACAAACCGAACAGUUAACCGACCUUUAUUUAAAUUCUCUGUUUCAGUGCUUUGUUGCUCCUCUAUUUCUUCUCUAGUUUUCUUUUCCGGUUUUUUGCUAGUGUUAUAGAACAGGGAAAGACGAUGAGAUGUAAUGUAAUAAAAUCCAAUGACAUUCAACUAACAACAAAGCAAUAUUACACUAUCGUAUUCUUUAGAGGAAAAAAAAAAUCAAGACAGUCGUCACGCCCAUUGCGGGGAGACUGAUUUUUGAUUAUUGUUAUUAUUAUUAUUAUUAUUAUUAUUAUUAUUAUUAUAUGUUAAUAUAUAUACAUAAAUAUAUUUUUCAUUAUUUUAACCGAUUUUUAUUAUUUAUUUACUUACUUAUUUUUAAGCAAAUGCAAUAAAAAAUAAAAUAAUGAUAACAACAACAACAACAACAAUAACUCUUUACCAAACUCCGUUAUGUCUGCUUCCAGUUUGAACUCUUUUAAAACUUUAUUAAUUAAUUAUCUUUGUAAAUAGUCAUAUGUCUCCCAUUUCCUACUGAAUUUGGAUUUUCUUUUUUAUUUAAUAUCUAAGUAGUUUAUAGUAUAAUUAUGUAUUAGUUUUCUAUUCUUAAUUGUUUUUAUGUAUUAGUUUUCUAUUCUUAAUUGUUUUAUCUUUUCGUUUUGGAGGGCAGUUUUUAUAUGGGAAUUCAGUUUCCCCCUAUUGCUUUCCUUUACCUAUUGUACUUUUAUAUAUGUAUAUAUAUUUUUAUUUUGUACAUUGGUGAAAAGAAGUAUUAAACUUAAACUAAACUUAAUAAUAAUAAUAAUAAUAAUAAUAAUAAUAAUAAUAAUAAUAAUAAUAAUAAUAAUAAUAAUAAUGCAGGCUACUUGGAGCAACUAGGAAUUAAAAACCGAACAAGAACGAUGCAAAAGUCGGCACUCCUAGGAUCGGCACAUAUCCUCACAAAGGUGCUAGAAGUCUGAGGUCUCGGGAUGAGACUUGACUGGAUAUUUCUCCCCAGGGAAAAUCCCUGUGCUAAAUUUUACAUAAUAAUAAUAAUAAUAAUGAUAAUAAAACGAAGGAAUGUGACAAGUUGGAAUGAAAUAUUAAGCUGUAUAUUGAGCUUUCUUAUGAUAUUCGUAGGUAUCAAUAUAAUCCGCUUUGUGAAUCUGACAAGACAAAAGUCCAUUAAUUAGGGGAAGAGGGCGUGUACUCCUUGUAAGCCGUAGUGUGUUGACUUGGCUAACAUUUUCUGACGCUUCUUUCUUUCUAUUUGUAGGAAAUGAACAGAAAACUGAGGUUCAGGAUAACACAUUGGAUCCAGUCUGGAAUCAGGUUUGCUAAUGUUUUGAUUUUUUUUUUCUUUCAAAACUAUUUGGUUUCACGUCUUAGUUGUACAAAAAUGUACAAAAAAGCGUGAUGUAUGAUAUUUUGUUUAAUACUUUCGCGUCGCAAAAAUGUUGUGAAAAAGCGUGAUGUAUGAUAUUUUGUUUAAUACUUUCGCGUCGCAGUCGUCGUCGCGCUUAUUAAAUUUUCACCAUUUUCGUAAGGUGCCUGUUUAUUUUGAUCAAAACAAUAAAGCUAAAAACAAGGUUUCUGUAAAAUACUCUGAAGAAAACCGUUGAGUUUAUUGAAAAGCACAGUAAAGCGUACUUUGUUAUCUAUAUUUUUUUUGCCGCCGAGAUUUCUGAAUCUCGGCAGGAUAUUGGCCUUUAUCGACUUUAUCGUCGAAAAAUGCGCGUUGCGUUAAUGUAAUUGACCCCUGUGUUGUGACGUAAACACUAAAGGCAUACUUUAUCUCAAUUACAGGACUUACAAUGGGAUCUGGCGGGGAAACCCUUGUCCCCCGACGAUAUGCUUUCAGUUCAGGUCAAGGACUAUGAAAAGGUCAAGAUAAUGAGAAAGUAAGUAGUUAAGCCUUUUCCCCUAUUUUCAGAGUUUCAGUUGAAAGGUGAUUCUCUCUAUAGGCGGAUUUCCACUCUCGCGUAAUUUUUACCUACGUAAGUAAAAUAAAAGCAGUGUACACUAUAAAUCAGAAGGAUCUGUUUUAGCCCUAAAAAUAGGGCCGUUUCGGUGAGUAAACUACAGUCGUAUUUUUGAGUCUAAUUUGGCUCUCUUAAAUCAGGGCUAAUACAGUCCAAUUAGCUAGGGCUGAUUUAGUCCCAAGGCUGAAAUGGGCCCUAGCGUGGGCUGGAAUAGCCUUUUGAUUGAGCUUUCUUGGCCUAAAUUGUGCUCAAAUGGCUCCAGGAAGGGCUGAAUCAGACUUUGGCCUGCAGGGCUGAAUUGACAAUUUAGGGCUGAAACAGAUCUUGUUAAUUUUCAGUCUAUGAAGGGCCGCGCGUGAAAAGUUGAGCGAGGUUCAACUUUUACGUUUAGGCGCGCCCUCUCAUACAUCGGCUCCAUUUUAUUUGCGCACGUGAAAUUUGCGUGCCUACGCACGUAAAAAUUACGCGAAAGUGGAAAUCCACCUUAUGGUUAUCUGCGGACGUCUUUUUUGUCGCACGUUUAAACCAAGUCCUCGAUCGGCUUUUCAGCAAGAUCGUCGCAUAUCAAGAACUUUUUGCGUAGUUAACACUACUAGGGAGCUGGGCAAAAAACGACGAGGAAGAUGGAAACAAGAAGUCAAACAACAACAUUAACAACAGUUUGAACGAAUAGAACACUUUUGGCAGGUCCUUUUACCAUCAUCGUACGACUAUCGUUGUCAAACUUAAUUGCAAGGAUAGCAAUGCAAUCGUGGCUUUUUUCGUCAAUGGCGAUCGUCGUGACUUCGAUUUCGUCGGCAACAGAGAGGCUCAAAAGAUAAUUAAAAAAAAAAAAAAAAAAAAAUGACGGGCUUGUCAAUCAUACAAAAAGCUGCUAAGAUUUUUAAGUUAAAUAUUAUAAUGCACGGUUUUACCAGGGCCGUUUUACUUUUGGUAGAAAUUAGCGUGUAUUAUGAAUCACAAAAAGCAGAAAGGGAAAUAGGCCAUUUCCGAGUUGCUUCAAACCUCUGUUUAAAAGCGAGGCUAAUUGUGAAGCCAUUGAUGUUUGCACUUAGCCUCCUUGAAAGUGAGAGUUUUGGAACUCGGAGAUGGCUCUUUGAUAAAUCGCACAAUAGAUUUAAAAUUGUGUUGUUUUUAUAAAACGCAACAUUUUCCCGCUUCGUUCCUUAGAGUUCUGGGAAAAGUGGAAGUGCCUUUAGGAGAGCUUCUUUCAAAUAAAGAGAUUGAGAGAACAUACGACCUUGUUGAUGGCAAAAACAAUCCUACCUUGGUAAGGAAAGUUACUGUGUUAGAAAAUAAUUGUUUGUUGAACUUGAACAAAUUAAAUAAAUGAAUGAACAAAUAAAUAAAAAGUGUUAGCCACAUUGCGGUCCUGACAUGAAAACGUUCGCCGCAUGUAAAGGAAUCUAAGACAGUUUUGGAUUCUGGAUUCCUCGCCGUGGAUCUCAGAUUCCAGGUUCUUGAUUCUGGUCUUACUUUGUCAGUGGAACCUAGAUUGCGUAUUCCAUUAAUCGUUGGUGAGAUUUCUGAUUCCUUGAGCUGUAUCCCGGAUUCCAAACCCAGAAUUCAGGGUAAAAGGAUAAAUUUCCCAGUGUCUGGAUUCCAGAAGAAAAAUUUCCCGGAUUCUGGAAUCCGGACUCCCUUACAUGGAGCGACUUUAUUAAACAGCAACAUUGAUAACAUAAGUAGAGCCCUUUUUCCUCUUUUUUCCUCUUAUUUAUUUUCAUUUGUGUUUGUUUGUUUGUUUUUUUUUGGCGACUAGAAGGCUCAUAAGAGAGCCGUAGGAUUUUUUUCGGGUUGUUUUCUAAGUAUGUUGUUUGAUCUGAUUUGACCGCAGGGCAAACUUAUGCUGAAACUUCAGUACCAGGCUCCACCUGGGAGUGAGCCGAGUGGAGGUGGCGAAGAAGGGGGUGGGGAAGAGGAAGCUGGAGGUGAAGAAGGCGAUGAGGACGAAGAAGAGGAAGAAGGUGGAGAGGAAGGAGGAGCACCCGGACUACCUGGGCAGCCUAAAAAAAAGCGAAAAAGAAGGUUGGAGGCGAUGAUUUUUGGCACGGCAAAUUCUCUGAUUGCUUUUUCACUUCAUGGAAUAAGACAAUUAUUCAUUCAAAAUAAUUACCUGUUUCUUAUUCCUUAUUUUUUUUCGUCUUGUUUUGGUCCACACGAGCCCGUUGAAGCUUAUAAAUGCAUACACUUGUGUGUUUUACUCACCUCGGUAGUUGUUUCCUGACGUUUACAGAAAAGUCACCUUUGUCGUAGGGGGAGGUGUGUUAUUUUAUUUAUUUCUUCAAUAUACAUCCUUAGAUUUCUUAAGAUAAUUUUCAUCGUACAAAUUUACUGGCCAUAAUCUCCUCACUCUUGUUGCAGGAAAAGAUCUCGACGGGGUGGUAGAAAAUGGUCAACCAAAGUCCAAGACUUUCAAGUAAGGAGUAUUCUAUCCAUGUUUGUUUACUUCUUUUGUGAAGCAAUGAUGUUUCUCCCCUUUAUUAUUUUUCUUUUUUCGUUUAUUUAGUUUGUGGCUGUGUCUUCCCUACCCCUCCACUCCGAAAAAAAUAUGUCAUCACCAGAAACAAAUUUAACUAAAGCGGCCAGGGGUUAGCUACGGCCAUACAUUAGUCCGUGUCAAACAGCAAUGUCAACAUCUUAAAGGUGUUGUUUUAGAUAACAGGUUUAUGUAAAGCUGCAUAGCGUUCCGUUUCCUUUUAGAUUCGCGUUAGAGUCAUUGAGGGUCGUCAGUUACUAGGCAGCAACAUCCAUCCCGUGGUUCGAGUUACUGUAAAUGGUCAGCAAAGAGAAACAACAGUGAAAAAGUCCACAAACAAACCAGUAUACAAUCAGGUUAGUUUGCUUUCCUCACAUCCUUGUAGUUUUCAACGGAGUAACAAGCGCGGUUGAUACGAGUCGUUUAUUUAUUUAUUUAUUUAUUUGUCUAUUAAUUUACAGGCAACUUUUCAGGCCACUAUGUAGAUAACAGUGAGCACAAGUGCUUAUUUAACAAGAAUACUCACAUUUACACGCCCACUUCUGGCACCCACACAUAUUUUUCAGUUACAAAUUCCCAUAGAGUUACAACAAGUAUACAAAUACAUAUAAAAAUUUGAGGUCGCCUCACAUGGUGCUAUCUUUUCCCCCCCUUUUUUUUUUUAUAAAAGGUACAUGGUUAUGGUUCCAUAAAAAAUACUAGUAAUUAUAAUUUAUAUGAUGAUGACAUAUGAUGAUGUUUUUAGGAGCUUACCCCAUUUUUUGAAAUGAAAGGAGAGUUUAUUCCCCUCGUUCGCUGUCCGACGCUUCAUUUCAAAAGCGUGAAUUGAGUCUUGCAAAGCCAGUUGGUGACAAUGACAAAGUUGGGUGUGCAAACUGACUUCCCAUCAGGCCUCUUCCUUAUUGUUUCUCUUCCUGUACACUUUUCCUCAAUCCAUGGCCUACCCUCAUUUCAAGUCGUAGUCAGUCGUUGUUAAAAAAAAAAAAAGAAAAUAUCGGUUCAUUGUCGCUCUUCUUUAUGAUCCCUUGACGUAAAGAUGGUUUUAUUAAUUUGAAUAAUGAAACGAUGUUGUCUAUUUAUUGCUUUACAGACAUUCUUCUACAACUUCCAUCUUUCUGAAGCCGAAUUGUUUGAUGAGCUUCUUACCCUUGAGGUAUUUUAUCUUGCCAUUUAUGCAGCAUGCAAUAUUUUACCCCGGGGGUACUCCUGGGAAUUCCUCGUAAGGGUGUGUCCCCGGUUCUCCUCAUCCCAAACCUAUUUCAGACCAAAAAAAUGUCAUCUUUCACACUCGUUUUUAGACCUGGCCUCUAAAAUUCAUACCCGUUUUCAGACCUCGCCUCUAAGAAAUUAUGUCGUCACCACUUCGACUUGAACAGCAGGAGAAAAGGUUUCUUAAAAUCCACGUUGAAUUUGCAUAUUUAUCUUUCUUUCUUACUCGUUUAGAGUUGAAACGAUAAAUAUCUCAUACAUUCCCGUAGUUCCCUCGAAAAAAAUGCCCGAGAUGGCCAAAUUCUAUACCCGUUUUGAGACCAAAAGGACUUAAAAACCUACCCCCUUAGGGCGGCUUAUACCUAUAUGACUAAAUAGGGGGUACCUCCCGGGUAUUUUUCCCUAUAUUCUAAUCAAGGAACAUCUAAAAUCACCAAUCAAUUGUUUAUUUUUUUUUAUUUCCCUUUUCAGGUCUUUAACUCCCGAAAACUUCGCUCAGAUUCGCUUUUGGGUUCAUUUGAGGUGAGAGCAACCUGAUUUUCUCACGACUUCCUUGAAAAUGUAUUUCCACUAGAAACUCUUCUAGCCCAAAACUUUAGCACAUGUACUAACGCGCAUGGUUUCAAUUCACAGUGCGACAUCGGCGGCAUUUUCGAAAUGAAAGGUAUACAUUUUUCCAUGUUUUUAUUUAUUAAAUUGAUUUAUUUUUUCAUUGAUUCAUUUACCCAUUCGUUCGUUUCUUGGUUUAUUAACUUACUUUUCGUUCGUUCGUUCGCUCGUUCGCUAAUUCCUUUCUUAUGGCUUCAGUUUUGGUUACACGUGGUAUAGCGUGAUACAUGCGAAAUAUCCGAUCAGACGCAAUGAAUCACAACAAACAUGAUCUUUUUUACCAAAUUCUCUUUCUACAGUGACCAAUGACGUUACACGCCCCUCAAAAGUCAAAUUUUCGGCCUCUUAAUAAAGAUGACAUAAUUACUCGUCGUAUUUUUUUAAGUCAUUCCCAAUUUCUCGCCCUAUGUUUGCUUCCGGGACGUUAGUUUACUAGUUGAACAUGUGCAUAAUAAUUUAAACACAUGUUUUAUCCUUUUAGGCCACGCCUUCGUUCGCAAGUGGGUUUUACUUUCAGCGCCAGCAGAUAAAGAUGAGGAUGAGGUUUGAUAUCUGUUUUCUCAGUGACAAAAGCGGAGAGCUUGAUUUCAAUUUCUCUUGCAAAUAUUAACAGCUUCUGUAAUAAAUAUUCUGUGUUUUCAUUAAAGGAGGAAGGAAAGUCUAAGAGGUCACGCGGAGGCGACACUCCUGCAGUAAGCAAAAACAAAAUUCUUACUUAUUUUCCCCUAGGUCUUUUCCUUCGUACUUGGUUGAAUUACGGCAAAGAUAAAUUUGCCUGAACACUUAGUUCAGACAGCUCUUUUAGGCGGAACUGUUAGUGAAGCAUAUAUCAAGAGCUUGCCUGGUUGCAUUUCUUUUUUCUGGUUCAACAAAAUUCCACUACUGAGUGUCUAUAUGAGACGAAGGUUAAGACAUUAAAGUAGCACUUUUUUAGUUUCAUCAUGGAUACUCCUUUAAAUACUUGGUGGCAAAGUAGUUUUGCUUAUCGACCUCAACACUAACAACUAAUAAGAUUGCAGACAGGUCGUCCUUUCUGACUCAAUUGUUUGUUGAUAGAAAUGCUUUCACAAACUAUCCCAGCCCUGUAGACUCAAUUUAAGCCGUCUCUUGUGGAAUUUGCGCCUCAAAGAGAGGACGGAAAUUUAGGCUACCGGUGCUGGAAGCUGUUUUAGGACCUUAAUUCAUGAUUGGCAACAUUAUUCGGGAUUUAAUCUCCUAUUUUUGACAUUAAAGGCGUUUACUAGGUAGUAUUUACUUUGCUGUAACUGCCUUAACGUAGACCAAUAAGCAUAAUAAUUUAUGGUGCCAUUGUAUUUUUAGGGCUACUUAAAAAUCACCACGAUGGUUCUUGGUCCAGGAGAUGAACCACCAGUAAGGAAAAAUGAUUAUUCCUUAUGUAUUUGAAGUAUCUUCCAUUGUCUGUCAAAGUGAAUUGUACAAUUAAAGCAUCAUAACAAAAACAAACAAACAAACCACCAAACAAAAACAACAAAGGGGCCAAAAACACUAUACCUCUUUGUCGGUGAGCGAUCUAGUAUAGCCGAGGCUAGAAGGUGUUCGAUUAUUCUUGUGUAACUAGGCGGUUUUAUAUGUAUUUCAUUUGCAUCAUGAAAUGCGGAGGUGUAGUCUGUUCACUGUUGAUAAGUAUCACGUUGGACCUUCAGUCUUAGAUCUUACAAUAAGAUCUACGACCUUAUGUACAAUCCCAUGUAGCAGUUAAUAUUCUCGGAAUCUCUGCUCCUCCCCUUCAAAUUUACUCAAUCGGCUCCACUUUCUUCGCUUGAUACUUUUCUGCACCCGUCCACCGUUGAUGAAAACCCUACUCUGUUCUUAUCUUUAGAAGUAAUGAAAUGCUUUGUUCGUUUCAGCUUAACACUGCUUGAAUUUAUUCGAACAUGAGUGUUGACAUUUUUUUUUCGUUCUCUUUUAGCCUGCGGCGAGUGCAGAACCUAAAGAUACAGAAGAUGAUAUCGAGUCGUAAGUAUUACCUUUUGGGCGUUCUCUUGUUUUCUUUUCUGAAAUUUUCUGAUCGCAACCCACCGUUAGAUUCUCGGUACUGAACGAGUUCUGUCGCUAAUUGAUAAAUUGAUGCAAAUCUCUUGUCACCAUUCUUAAAUUUGCUUCUGUUUAUUAGUAACUUGCUGAUGCCUGUUGGUGUAACGCGACAAUCUGCAGUGUUCACCCUAAACGUCUACCAAGCCGAAGACCUUCCUCAAAGUAAGAAUCGUCUUGAAUUAUUUACACCUCUCAGUGAAUUUGAGUGUAAGGAUUAGACUACCGUAUUUAUUCGAAUAAGCGCCCAACUUCGAAUCAGCGCCCACCUCACAUAAGCGCCCAUCCUAAAGGUAGAAAAGGUAAUAAGCGCCCGGCGUCGAAUAAGCGCCCACUUCACCCCACCCCCUUCCCCCUCCUACUCAAACUCAAAUAAGCUUCCACCCCACUCCCUCCUCUCCCCCCUUCCACCCUACGUUACAAUAGGGAGUUAACGCAACGACGACGACGACAGCAACGAGAACAACAAAAAGCCAAUAGGCUUUAAUAUAUUGGCAAAACAACAACUUUGCUCGUUCAUCACGCUUUUUUGUACAUUUCUCUGCCGUCGUUGCACGACUACAACGUGAACUGAACUGCCUAAUUUCACGAUUUGUUGAGGACGGGAACAAAAGACAACAACUUCCUUUUUCUUUUCCUGAACUUUGAUGCAGUCAUUUAGAAUUCAACUCCCAAAAAAUUUGCCAACAUUUGACGAAUUAAACGAGAUGUGAUAAGCGCAAUAAAGUUUGAGGCAGCGCGAAUUCACUUUUUAAGUGACGUUUUCGUAGCCGUCGCCGUCGUCAAUGCGCAAACUCCCUAAUGUCGGACAUCGAGGAGGCAACACCAGAGAAUUCACUCAUUGACUUGAGUGACAAUGAAAUUGAAAAUGAAUAAGUACUAAUGAGAGACUUUCGGAGUUUUAUUUGUCGGUUUUCUUCAGAAUAUUUUACAGAAACCUUGCUUUGUUACAUCUUCGCGUUUUGUUAUUACCAUUUAUUGUUUUGAAGAUGAAGAAAUGAUCGUCGCAGUGAAAGCAAUUGCGUAAAGAAGCCUGAAAAAAAUUCAGGACUUCAACUGGGUUUGAACCCGUGACCUCGCGAUACCGGUGCGAUGCUCUACCAACUGAGCUAUGAAGCCACUGACGUUGGGAGCAGGUCAAUUGAACAUAUGAACCCACAAUGGAUUCAAACCCCGUUGAAGUCCUGAAUUGAAGUCCUGAACCCCGUUGAAGUCCUGAAUUUUUUUCAGGCUUCUUUACGCAUUUGCAUAAAUUGCGUUCACUGCGACGAUCAUUUCUUCACCUUCAUUUCAUGUCCGCGUUCAUAUAUAAUUUAUUUCAUAUAUCAUUAACAUUUAUUGCUUUGUUGCAAAAUGUUAAAAUACUACACUUGCUGAAAAUAGUGAAACUUUUAUAAGCGCCCACCUCGAAUAGGCGCCCACUCUCAAGGUCCUCCCAGGGCGGUUAAUCGAACAAAUAGGCUAAAUAUAUGAACAAGACCAAGAAAGGUAAUCGUUAAGGCAUGCGCCUCUUCCGUCGUUCUCUAUAUCGUCAUCAUUCAUGUCGUCGUCUUUUACGAAACGUGAAUGAAAGCACCUAUUUGGGCCGGACUUGGCGGAGACGAAAUUUGUUUCUGGUUACCUGUGGGUUGAAUUUUGGAUUGGCGUUCUCUUGAUGACCAGUUUAACAAAAGCAACGAUAAAAACGACAACAACAAACAGGAAACAAACAAAAAAAAGGCAAUAAAAGCAAAAACAGAACCCUUUAAAAUGUAUUGUGCAUAUUUAUAGAUAAGUAUUUUCUAGACCAAAAACAAAUGAAGGAAGCAGGCAGAAAAAAAAACACGUUUUUCAGUUUUUUUUUCUUUUUCCUUUCAGAAAUUAAAUCCAUAAAGUUUUGUUUAAAGUUCCUCUACUUUCAUUUGCUUAUUCAUUUCUCCUCUUUUUGAAUUGUGUUUCAGUGGACACUGGAAUUGGGCGAAGCUUUAAAAAGUUUUUUAGUUUCUUUUCUAGCGACGACGAGGUUUGUCACAGUCAUAUUUCAAGAUAGUCAUGUAGUCUAUCUUCCGUGUUACACAUUCAACUGUUUAUUUUAUUGACCACUUAUCGUCGGUCCAUAUGUUUAUUAAGCAAGUUACGUAUUUUCUUUUUGCAGAAAGAGGAAGACAAAGGAAAGAAAGGCCUCGUUGAUCCAUAUAUGGAAUUCAGUUUUUGUGGAAAGAAGGUGACUGACUCCUAGUACCCAUUACUAACACUAACACUUCCACAACGGUACUCACCACCAACACCUGCUCUACAUCACUACUACAAUCCUCAUAACCACCAAUGCCCACCCCUACUACUCGUGAGCUCGAGCAACCGGACAGCAACUACAACUUCUUUUCCACACCACUUCCGGCCACUGUGGCUUCUUCUUUUCCUACAAGAAAGGAUAAAGUUCUAUUGUUCUUUCUGCCAUGGCAGGCUUUUUAUACAUGUACUGCGGCUGCAUAGUUUUGUAAAUGCUACUGUUAAAUGCUACAGAUAACGUCAUGCAAUGUAGUGUAACAGAGUCCUUUUUUAUUCUUGGUUCUUUUCCGCAGCAAAAGACAGCCAUCAUUUACCACGAAAGCAAUCCUGAGUUUAAAACUUUUCUCAAGAUUCCACUGAUGGUAAGAUCAGCUACUGGCUACCUUUUUUAGGUUUACUGAUCUUUACCUUAUUCUUCGUAAAUGGUGCUUUUCGUUGUUAAAAUGAGACGAACAAAUUUUGCCUAAGUUUACGUGGCUUCUAAAUUUUUGUACUUUUAAGGUGGUUCCGUAUGAACGGAGAACCUAAGCUCACAAAAUUUCAAAGUAGCCUUAACCACAAUAACCCCUCGAUUAAAAACACUUGAGCUCGUCUAACGCAGGGAGGGGGUGUACCACUUAGGAAUGGCGUAACUGACGUAAACAAGAAGAAGGUUUUAGACUAGGCAAUAACAUAUGUGAACUGCUGAGAAUACAUAUCAUACAUAUCUACAUAUUUUGCAGAAUACCGCACCCCUUCACCCUCCCCCUAGAUCCGCCCCUGUAACGUAAACAUGCAUAAUUCAUUGGAGAGGUGAUAUGCCAAGUACAUUUUGUCCUGUUCUUGAGUGUCUUAUAGCGCGAACAGACGAAUUUUUUACGGCUCUGCAACCCGCUUUCACGUAACCGUGCAAAUUCUUUUAUACCGGUUAUAUUCUUUUUUACCGGUUCGAUUGAAGGAACUUUACACUUAAUCUUGCAGUUCCCUUCAAUGUGUGAACGCCUCAGGCUUCAGAUGUUUGACUGGUAAGUUGAUUUCUGACCACGUGACUUUCACAAAAUAAUGACAAAUGCAUUAGUUGAUAAAAUGGUAAUGAUAAUGAUAAUGAUAAUAAUAUACAAUAAUAAAAAAACGUAUCUGAAGAGAUCAUCUAUUACACUAUUAGCCUUAAUAUAAUGAUUAACGCAACUAUCAAUUGAAGUUAUUUAUUGAUUUACGACCUUCGCCAAAGAUGGACUGAACACUGAUCUGCCAUGCACACGGGGGUUAAUACACUGACUCCUGUCUGAAGUGUGGUAUUUGCUCUUUUGCGUUUUAGUAGCAUGUAAAAUAGUGCAGGUAAUUUAUUGCUGACGUAUACCUUGUCUACCUUUUUAAGGGACCGAGGAUCGUCAGACGACUGUAUUGGCACCGCUUUCAUCAACCUGUCCUCUAUCGCAGGACGGGGAGAAUCAGAUGAAGGUUUGUGCAGCCUCGAGUUUUAUCUUAUUCUUUAUCUUGCACCCAUCUACAUAAGCAGUUUAACAUGCUGUCGUACAGCGUCUACUUACCGUGUACAGAUCUUUCUGUAAUCAAUCACAUGUAGUUUUGUUUGCCUGCUUAUAAAGUAACCCUCCAGUGUCGUCUAUUUAUUAUAACAAAGAAUCUUAAUCAUCAGAUUUAAAUGUGUGACACUUUUCAAAGCAUUACAUGUAGACCAUUCUCGUCUUGUUUGCAGGAUUCCUGCCAACGUUUGGUCCCUGUUUUGUAAACUUCUACGGCUCAACCAGAGAAUUUACAAAUCUGCCAGAUGAACACGACGAUCUCAACAUGGGAAUUGUAAGUGUGGUUACCUGUUUUCACAAUCAUUUUAAUAGCGCCAACCCUGUUUAUCUUCGAUCGUUUUAUUAAUUCAUUUCUAGGGCGAAGGUUGCGCGUAUCGUGGACGUGUUCUGGUCGAGUUACAAACAACUCUCAAUGAGAACAUCAAACAAGCAACAGGACAAGUGUCCCCUGAAGAUAUUAUUGCGGCACAGGUUUGUCAUUGCUAACGAAGACAGUGUGUGCUUGUUUGUGCUUUGUUUAAACGGUCCUACUGUAUUAAAAAAAAAUCCUUAAGUUUCCCUAUUUGUACACUAGGUUUUAUAUAUUUAUGUCAACAUUUUCUUUCAGCCUUUCCUGAGACGUGAAAAAUACAAGCUUUUUGUAUGUUUCUAUGAAGCACUCAUGGUGUCGGAAACUGACGCCCCUGUUGAGUUCGAAGUUAGCGUCGGUAGGUUUUGAAACAGGUCAAAACUCAUCAAAUAUUUAUAAUGCAUGUAGUAGCCUUUGAGCUUGCACUUGGAGUAAAGUGUGUGGGGGAGCCUCGCUACUCCCCUCCUCCACCCAAAGAGCAUACCGUGAAUUUCUCAAAAUAAGCUCCGGGGCUAUAUACGGAGGGAAAUCUGCGAAUCAAAGUCGGCCAGGCUUAUACUGGAAGUGAAAUUUACGUCUCAAAAUCGAUUGGGCUAGCGUAUAGUUGGAAGGAACUUUAUUUGAGUAAUUUGCAGGACGUUUUUACUGAAACUCGCCUUGAGGACGUCGAUCUUACUAAAACUCAAAAAUGUAAGUACUUUGUCUAUAUGGAACGAGGAAAUCCUAGCCAAGAGUUAAGAGUGAACUACGCUAACAGCAAUAUGUUGAGAUACUUUUUACUGCAAUCAUUUGGCACACGUAAUAGUUCUUUGGCAAAUGCAAAGAUUUAUGUGUUACUGUACAGUUUUUGCUUUGUUUUAUUUUGAAUUUGAGGGCAAUUUCCAAGUACAAGCCACAGGGAGCUUGUGCUUGGAGGGGUGAUUUAAUGGAGGGUUUUUGCGUUACGAGUUUGUGGGGCUUACAUUUGUAGGGGCUUAUGCAUGGAGGGGCUCAUUUUUGGAAUUUUAUGGUGUCUACAGCUUAGGUUAGAGUUAUAGUGAUGUCUUCUUGGGAAACAAAACAGCAAUCGAGACCCUCGUAAAUGAGAGGAUCGAUUAAAGUUGAUCUCAACUGUGGUCUCGGGAUAAGUUAAAGGUCCACAAGUUUUACUAGCAAACAAAAAACAUGAGAAACCAUAGUUAAUUGAGUGGAAUGGUUAUGAAACCCGUCAGACUCCUUUGUUAUAUGUUUUUUGUGGACCUGAAAGUGCACAACGUUCAAAAGAAUUCCUAUCAUUUUGAUUGUAUUGACCAAUAAAAACGUUGCAUUAAUUUAUUCCGUAACAAUUUGCCAACAGAAAACAAAGGAUUGUGCACUUUCAGGGUGCUUCCAACAUAAACUGCAGCACUGUUGUUUUUAUCAUUGAUGUUUGCCGCUUUUCAUAACCAGUCUCCUCUAAUAACUAUGGAGAAACCAAACAGAUGUUUAGAGUAAGAAAUUCGCGAUUCUAACUUCAAUAUUGAUUUUGUCACGUUCUUUUUCUUAGGAAACUGUGGAAAUAAGUUUGACGAGUCUGUGGCACCAUGUAACACACCUCCUUGUAAUGCUGUUUAUGAUGGCUGUUAUUAUUACUACCUCCCCUGGGGUCAAGACAAGCCGUGUGUAUGUGUGGAGUGCUCAUGGGAAGACAUCGCUUUCAGACUAGAGCCUAUGAACAUCAUAAACAGAAUGGCCGAGAACUUGGUAAGGGAUGGAUGUUUUCUUUUAAGGAUUAUAUAUAUGUUCGAUCUCAGUUUGAAAGAGAUGGUCACUAACGCCCUCUAUCCUUUCUUUAACUCUUUUGUUAUGUUACCAUGAAACAUUCCAGAAAUAAUUGCCUAAAACCUUAAUUAAAUGAAACUAGACCAAACAAACAGGACGCCAAUUUGUAAACAAUACAGUUGUUUUUCACUACUGAAUUGGAACUCAUAAGAAGACUGAUAAGAUUAUGAUUUCCUUUCCGGCUGUCUAUAGUACUAGUCUAGAAAACUGGUUGCUGAAUAAGGCCGGGGCUCAAAUCUUCUCUUUGCGGUGACCUAUCUUUCGUAUCCUUCAAAACACUAUAAUAUAGUAUUCGUAUGGUUUGCUUCUUGAAAACGUUUGGAAUUUUCCUACCACCGAGGGAAGCCAUUACCAAAUUGUCUUUUUUGACCACUUUUAUAUUUUUUUCUGUAGCGUGAAGCCCUGAAUCGACUCAAUCAAGCUGUUGAACUAUCGGAAGUUAGCGAUGACCCGAAACUAAAGGACAUGCUGUCGUCAUUGUUCGACAACCUCGUCAGAGAUUGCAGGUGUUGUCUUGUUGAUGCUUAUUAAAAACUGUGUAAGGAAAAUCAAAUAUGACUUUCAUAACAAAAGCAAGUGGUAUCAGGAUAAAAUAUUUUCUAAAAUAUAAUACGUAUAGUGUCGUAUUCACAAAAUAAUCAUUUUGAAUCAACUUUUCGUACGCACCUCUAAAUGUUACUUCACUAGCAUUAAGAGUAUUUUCCGUAUCGUGACUGAUUAGAAAAAGUCGUCCCUUUUUCUUAACCAAUCAGUCAUUCGGACUCAUAAGCACGAUACAGUACUAAUUGUAAAUAAACCGUCACUUGCUCCCUAGUAGAUUUAAAUCUUUUUUAUCCAAUGACGUAAAAUUUUAGAUCUUUCUCACAUGACAGAACGGCGGCCAUAUUGGUGUCCCAAAACAAUAAAACUACAGUUUUGUUGGUGUACUAAAACAGUGAAACGGCGGCCAUAAGUCCCGCGGGAGUUGAACUCUUUUCUUAUGUAAAAGCUUCUUUUUCUUGUUCUUCUUCUUGAAUGUUCUUUUUCGUUUUCUUCUUGUUCUUGUUCUUCCUCUUCUACUACUAAUAUAUAGCAAUCUAUAGCAUCAGACGCUGAGGAUAAUUAACCACCUUCUCACUACUUACUAAAACUGCUUUUAAAAAAAAUAUUGCUUGAAUGUGGUACAACGCCGUCAUACAGUUCUAUAACGAUGGCCUAAUAAUAAAUGUCUUUUUUUUUUGCAUUUUAUAGAAAAGAACUGAAUCGUUUUCAACAAGAAAUCUCCAAGCUUCCCGGCAAAAGAAAUCGUUUGGACACAAAGCUACACCAAAUGAGAAUAGACGAAUUUGUAAGUUCUUUAUUUUUAUUGGUUUUUGCAUGUAAAACGGGUACAACAUUUAUCAAAGUGAGUACUUGAGAAGAGUUCCUUAAGGCUAAAUUGAUCCAGCUGGAAAUAAUGUGGUAUUUCUUUCGCUACAGAACUUCUUAUUAGAAGAUGUUGGCGCCCUGCAAUGGAAACUGCAACCCCCAUUAGAAGGGGAAGAGAAAGACGAGGUGGACAUGAAAGAAAUGCUGUCGGAGAUUGCAAGUUUCGCGCAGCGAAUUGAGGACUUGGCCAUCGAGGUAAACUUGAAAAAUUACACGAGUUUUUUUUGGUUUCUCCUUGAUCCGUUCAUUUUCACUGAAUCGCGGUUAUUUAGAUGUAGCGGAUACGUAUUUUACGAAGGAUUUCCCUCGUAGUUGCCCGGUGUCAAAGUUCCUUUAGCGUGGUUCCACAAAAUCUUCUUGGCUCUAAUCGUCAGGUUUUGUUUUUUUUCUCGUUUGUCUGUUAGCUAAGUUACUUAAUCAAAUCAGUUAUCCCCAUAAACAAUAAUUACUCCCUACUCUCAGUUGUCAAGUCAUUAAAAAUCUUCCUUAGGUUUAGAGUCUCCUCUCAUGUACCUCAGAUAAAGUAGUGAUGUUCUUGUUCACAAAACAAACAAGCAAAAAACAAUGGCCUGUUAACAUUUGCUUUAUUAUUGUCAUCAUCCUUAUCAUCGUCAUCAGCACCACCACCAAUAUCAACAUCAUUGUUAUUAAUUACUUACUUUUCUUAAGCCUCAAGUGAGCAUGCCAGAUGUGAUUAUAUGGAUGAUCAGUGGUGAAAAGCGAAUCGCUUAUUACAGAAUGCCUGCACAUGAUGUCCUUUUCUCUGAGACUGAAGUUGCGUGUGGAAAAUUUUGUGGAAAAACUAUCGAACUUCAACUUAAGGUAAUAUAUUAACCAACUUUGUGUGCGCUUUUUUGCCACUCAUAAUUUUACAGGGCUACGAGCACUGAUUUUAUAGCUUAUGGUAUUACCCAAAUAAAUUUGAAUCAUUUUUCAAAGUAUCAUCUUUGAUCUAAAUCUAACUUGCCUUUGUUUUCACUGUUUAUUAGUAUCCUGGUAAGAAAGGCCAAGACGUUAAAGAACACCCAGAGAUUCCCGCAAAACUGCGCGCUGAAAUUUGGCUAGGUUUGGAAAAGCAACAACAGUACUGGACAGGCCGUCCCAAGACUGAGGGAGACUUCUGUGUCUAUGCCGAGACGGUAAGAUGUAAUACGAAACUUUUUCGUCCCGGAGGUAUGCUAUAUUUAAAACCACAAAUUCAAUGAACGAAAAGAAAUUUUAGACUGAGUAAAAAGUUUAAAGUCUAACGCUAUGUUUUCAAGGCUUUCACAACCGAGAAAUUAAUCAGUGUUUACUAGAAAUGUUUUGCCUUAGCCUGCACUAACAAGAGCUGGCGUAAUAAUCUUUUAUCAUAGGAAAGGGAAUUUUGGAAUGGUCAGCUUCUUCCACAGUUUCUUCCAUAGUUUUUCCCUAUCACUUUAUUUGUUUAUUAAUUUAUUAAUUUAUUUUUGUUCUGUUACUUUCAGUACGAGAACGAAGUCAAAAUAAUAAGUAAAUGGACCAACAACAAACUGACUCGCCCUCGUUUUUCUGAUGCUGCAGGAGAGGUAAGGUCCUCUAGUUUCAACCCUUUUUUUCGGGCUGUCUUUUUCAAUUGCUUGUUAGCAGGAACAAACCAAAUUUAAAAGCAUUUUUCCCUACCAACAGCUGGAGCUUCCCCAGGACAAAUUUAUUCCACCCGAAGGAUGGAAAUUUGAAGGCGGUUGGCAGAAGAAACCAGAGCUAAGGUAUUACAGUCGACUCCCGAUAACUCGAACCUUUAAGGGAACUCGAAACAAGUUCGAGUUAUCGGGAGCUCAAAGAAAAUAGCCGGAAAGAAGGAAAAAACUUUUUUUUUCUUUACAGAGAACAUUUUAAUAACAAUUAAUUGUAAAAAAGUAACAUUAAAAUUGAACGAUACUUCUAGAUUAUAAAUCAGAACGUUCGCAACAAAACGUGUCGAAAACAUAGCCUAUAUAGAGCAUACAUUUUACUGUUUUGAGAAGUGAAGCUGUUUCAUGUUAGAUUUGUGACAAACAACAUCAGCUUCCACUAGUAAACUAUAUCAACACGUCAAGGUUCAAUAUUUUGGACGCCAGUACACUGUUUUUUCCGUACUUUUCAAGACCUCAAAACAUAGUUCGAGUUAUCGAGGGUAAAUAAUGUAGAAAUGAUCUGAGGGGAAACAAAAAUUACUUCAAGUUAGUGGGAGUCCGAGUUAUCGAGGGUUCGAGUUACCGAUGGUAAAAUUACAGUGAAUGUAUGAGGGAAAUCCAGGGGAAAUAGAUUUUGGUUCGAGUUAGUGCGAGGUUCGAGUUAGUGAGGGUUCGAGUUAUUGCGAGCCGACUGUACGUUGUCCAAAUUUUGGAACGGUUUGUUGUCGUUUGUUUUGUUUUGUUGUUGUUGUUGUUGUUGUUUCUGUUUUUGUUUUGCUUUGUUUUCUUUUUUUUUUUUUUUUUUUGGGCUGAAGUAAUCUAUUCGUUCCAUUAUCUCCCUACUCUGUCGUUUCUGGACUUUUUCCAAAUUUUAGAACGGUUUGUUUUCGUUUGUUUUGUUUUGUUUUGUUUUUUUAAUGGGAUAAAGUAAUCUAUUUGUUCCCUUAUCUCCCAACUUUGUCGUUUCUGUGUCUAAUGAAAACAGACUCAUUUUCGGUGCGUUUGAUGUUGAUUAGUAAAUUUUAGGAUUCUUGUCCUUUUUUUCGCCACUUGCAAAUCUCCCAUACUGCACCUCAUUUGCGCCUCCUCCCCCCGACCCCCCCCCCCCUCCCACCUCCCGAACCCAAACUGUGCAAAUUGUGUAAUACCUGGGAGAAAUGAAAAAACAAAGGUUGUGCAAAAUUGGGGAGAUGUGCAAGUGACGAAAUACUUGCCAUACAGGUCCAUCGUUGGUUACAUAAUAUUCGUUUUAAUUUAUGGUUUGUUUGUUUUUCUUUUGUUUCGUUUUUCUAUUGUUUGUCUGUUGUACUUGUUGUCUAUUUUUUUUUUACUUACAUUUGUGUCCUUUUUCGCUUAGUUUGUUCCACGACCCCGAUGAAGGUCACAAGGAAUUUGUAGUUGAAGUGUUUGAAAAUCAAUCCAGGAGCUUUCCUGGUGGAGACUUCAAACCAGCCGAUCAAAACUGGAGUGAUGCGGUAACUUGCAUACCUUUAUUUUGUUCGAUUUGUUCAUUGUUUAAAGUGGAAACUCAUUAAUUCCCCACCAAAGACACUUGAAACUGUAAGGGGUUUGGAUACAGGUUUUCGGGGCUCGUUUUCGCGGACAAGCGUUAUUUAUGAUUUGUUGAUGGUAUUCGCGGGACAACAAUAAAUACGCAUGUCCACCCCAACGAAUCAUUGUCUGCUUGUUGCGCCGAAGCUUAUACCUAAUCUCCCCUAGAGUUCCUGGAUAGUGGUAAAUUUGAUUGAACUUGGUAGUUACUUAAUUACUUAGUUACUUUAAAGCAUUGUAAAGCGAAAGUACAGGCGCUAUAUAAGUAUUAUUAUUAUUAUUAUUAUUAUUAUUAUUAUUAUUUACUCGUGUUCAGUCUGUGCAAUGCUCCUACUCAGUAGUCCCGCCUUCUAGUUAAAAAAGUCCCGCUGCUACUGAAAAAAAAAUAAAAAUAAAAAUAAAUCAAAAAUAAAAUUAUUAUGAUAAUGAUAAAAUAAUAGUCAAUCCAAUCUGGGAGUAGAUGUAGUUAGGGAAAAUUUUGUUUCGCGCCCCGCGUGAUGACACCGAAAGCAAUCUUAUAUUUUCUUAUCUUGCCUGUUCUUCUUUGUUGUUGCGUUUACAGAAUGGGGAGGAUGUUCCGCCACCAGCCACUCAGCAACCGCCCCCUGGAUGGGCGUGGAAGACGCCAGAGUGGGAGACAGACAAGAACAGAGCAUGUGAUGCUGACGGUAAGAGACAUUGUUCUAUCUAAUUUGAGUGCCAGCGUUUAAGACUUCUCCUUUGGUGGAGGCAUGUAGCCAUUUAAGGCUGCCUCUUUUUCUCCUUCUGUACGGAGUCAUGGAUUAUAAUUAUAAAAUGCAGUUUUAACAAACUUCUGCGGAGUUUUUAUCCAAGUGAAACCUCUUUGACAGUUACUUCGCAUGGUAUUUGGUAUUAUCAUGGAGUAAAAUGGCCCUGGAUUGUUCAAGGAUUCCAUGUUUAGCCGGAUACAGAUUAUGCUAUCUGACAAAGCAAAACUAUAAUUAUAUUGCAUCUUUUCAAAAAACAAUAUUGUUUUUACCAGACCAAUUCUAUCCUUAAAACAAAAACAAAAACGAACACUUUUUUGGGUAUUUUGCUCACUUUAUGCCCCACCAUCAAGAACUUUGGAUAAAAAGUAAUGGGUUGCGUAACUUUUCAUCUUAUCUCCUAAUUAUGUCUUAUAGGUUGGGAAUACACUGUUAACCCGACAUAUGGAGUGUAUGGGGCCGUUGUGAAGGCUUAUCAUAUGUUUAGAAGAAGGCGACUUGUGCGGAUGAGACGGCUAGUUGAUCCUAAGGCGACGAAGAAGCAAGAUCAGUUGCAAAAGCUUUUAGCUGAAGGCUGGGGCUACGCACCGUUGUUUAACAUGAAGUUUCACGCCAAAGAGAAGAAAAUGGAUUUCUGUCGUAGAAGACGAUGGCUGAUGAAGAUGGUUCCGAUCUCUGGCGAGAUUGACGGGUUUUCAUGUAAACUGCCUCCGAUUCUAAGAGUGCAGCUUAAGAGCAAGGUAUUCUUUUCUCAAGUCAGUUCUCGACAGUUGCACAGAGAUCCCGAGUUCACUGUGCAUUCGUUUGGUAAUAAAUCUGGAAAUAAUACGCAGUGUGAUGAAAAUCUCCUAUUGCCGUAGCUUUUUGGGAGGAAAGAAAUAUAAUAAAUGAACCCACUAUUUAUUUAUUUAUCCAUUUGAAACGAUCCGGGCUUGUUUACAACAACAAAUUACAACAACAAAUUUUAUUGAAAAUUGGAAAAUAACUAGUUACAUUACUUUCCCACCCGCAAAUAGCUUAUGAACUAAUCGAGGCGGGGGGAGCUGAAGACAUAUUACAAAACAAGAUUUAUAUAUAGAUGGACUAAAUAACAGUGAAGACACUACAAUACAGUAAAUAGAAUUUAAACUAACAUAAAACACAUGUACAUAACGAUUACGAAGAGAGGCUAACCUAAAGUGAUUCUGUCUUAACCAACGGUUUGUAAUUAGGUCUUAUCUUUUUGUUUCUGACUUUUACUACUUCAACAUAUUUGUGCUAUAGGUCGUGAUAGAAAUGACGGCAUUUUCCAAAUUUUUCUUAAUUUUUAGGACAGUGAAAGUGCACUAUGCUUGUCACCCAGGAUGUUCGUGUCUUUUAAGCGUAAGUAUCCUCUUUCUGUAUCUUUAUUUUGUCCAGCGAGUAGGGGCACAUUUAUACAGCUCAUGUGUGAUUUUCAAUGCAAACAGACGUUCUUAAUGUCGUGUGCUCACCUAAUGUGUGUUUCCUCGGAGAAAAGAUUAUCAACCUGUAUUUUUUGUAGAACCUCACAAGUACCAGUUAUGGGUGUACAUUUAUCAGGCACGUGAUCUCAUCGCCAAAGAUGAAAGCGGCAUGAACGGUAGGUGUUCACUAAAUGCUUUGACUUCUGGUUAUUUUCAUUUUAGUUCACAGCGUAUUAAAGGGACGUCAAGGUAUAUUCAGAAAGAGACAUUUCGCAGACGUAAAUUAACCUCGGUUAUUAACGUCUGCGAAGCAGGGGCCCGUUUCUCGAAAGUUCCGAUAAUUAACGGGCCCGGUUAAUCGUCAUGAUCAAAAAUGAAACAGCCCUGGCCAGGACCCGCGCUCUUAUUCUUUAUAUUUCGAUUUGAAUAUUUGAUUUCGGGCCCGUAAAGUUACCGGGACUUUCGAGAAACGGGCCCCAGCCCCGAUAUACUUGUUCUGGGUCCCCAACGGACUCAACGAAUUACCGGUAAUUAAAUACGUUUUGAAAUUCCUUUCAUCUUGAUUGGCUAAUCGAUGAUAGCAUUUUUAGAAGGCCAAUCGUGGCGCCAACUCUGAUCCUGGUACCUAGGCGGGGGCCCAGAACAAGUAUUUCAGCGCUGUGUCGCAGACCGCCUUAAUGACGGACUUAAAUUUAGUCUCGUCUGCGGCGCAGGCUAUUGCAGACCGUGUUUAGCAGUUUUUCAAAUCUCAAAAAAACUUCAGAAUAAAAGUCGUCAGAUUUACUAAGUACCAUCCGUUCAGUUCGCUUUUUCGGUGACGCUGAAUAAACUAACGCUUUAAAUGAUCUUAACAUUUUUUUCAGAUCCUUACGCUAGAGUUGCCUUUGCAAACCAGAGUCAGAUCACAAACAUUAUUAACCAGACUCCUUGUCCUACGUGGGACCAGACCUUGAUUUAUUCACCUGUUGAAAUCAGUGAAGACCCAGCGAAUGUGAAGCGAAAUCCUCCCAGCGUUGUCGUGGAACUCUUUGACCGGGACAAAAAUUCAUUGGUAAUAUAAAAUAAUGAUAAUUAAUAUAAAAUAAUAAAUAAAUAAAUAAAUAAAUAAAUAAAACCUCUCAGUACAUGUGUAGUACUUACGUCUUUUUUAUACUUCAUCGUUGCAGGGUAAAGAUGAUUAUCUUGGCCGCUGUGUAUUCUACCCAAAAGUUCGCCUAAAGGGUGUGGAAUCUCCGGAAGCCCGGUUAUUGUGGCAGAAAGUCAAACGCGGAGAUCAAGAUGGCGGGGAAGUUCUUGUCGACGCCGAGCUGUUUUUAGUGAGUAAUUUGAACGUUGAGUUAUAUGUUUUACUUUUGCUGUGCAUUGUACCUCCUGAUUUAUUCAUCGCUUCCGUGCACGUAUUGUGCUUCCGUCAGCGGAUUUUAUGGUAACUCCGUCGACGGAAAAACACUUGUCGACACCAAACGUUAUUUCACACCCUUUGGGCAUAACUGUCUUUUUCGCUUGGUUAAGUAUAUUAGUAACUUGCAGAGUUCCAUUUAUGAUUACUGCUAUGAAAUUAAAUCAACCUAGUUUGUAAGACUUUCCUCUUGUAAAAUUGUAUGCCUUUUUUUAUUAGCUAGUAGAAAGCCCUGAGGGUGAGACCUUAUCUAACGGACAAGUUCAAAGUUAUUAACAGUUACUCCCGUACACCUUUUUUGAUGGUAUAAUUGUAAUUUCCAGGAUGAAGGUGCCAAGCUUCCUCUUCCUCCCUCCAAGCGUGGUGAUGUGUACCCUGUGCGUAGUAUAGUGAGACCGGUUGUGCAGCGGACAGCGGUAGAGGUAGGAAAAACAUGAUAAACGAAGGCGUCUGCUUUACGCUUUAUAAUAUAAAUGGGUCGACGUUGCACGUGAUUAUCCUAAGCCUUUUUGAUAUAGAGGAGAAGUCGUUACGUCACACGUUGACACAAACCGUGGUACUGCAAAUAUGACAGAAAACAACAUGACAUGUAUGUUUUUCCUAUAUAUGAUCGCACUCUGAAACAAAACGGUACUCCAUACUUUUUGUCUCUGUCCAGAAGGAUUGUUGUGAUUCAGAAAUUUUGCACGAUGGCAACGAGGCAUCACAGUUCUCCUUCCGAUUAGUUACCGUUAACGUAACGUGAACCAGUGCUGCUGACAGGCUCGUUCAACGACUGAAAACACUAUAUCCACCUCACAUAUAUGUACAAUAAUUUCAGGUUCUCUGUUGGGGCGUGCGGAACAUGAAAAAAUUUCAGAUGGUCAAAGUGACGUCUCCUGUAAUCGAGUUCGAAUGUAUGGGAGCUAUCAUCCCUUCACAAACGAUAGAGAACACAAAGAAGACACCGAAUUUUGCUGAACCAAUCUUGGAGAGGAAGAUACUGGUAGGUGAUGAUCGAUACAGUCGGUACCUUUAUCUUUCAUUUGCUUUAGAAACGAUAUUUCCUUUGUCUGAUCGCCAUGAAAUUUUUAACACUUACUAGUUUUGGAUUGUAAUAUACACAAAAAUGAAGUGCUAAAUUACGAUAUCCCUUGUAGCGAUUUACAAGUCUUUACUGUCUUAUUUCUCUAGAAUUUACCAGUAGAUGAUCUGUACUCGCCACCAAUCAACAUCCGGGUCCGUGACAAUCGUGCAUUCGGUCGCAAGCCUUUGGUUGGAAUCCAUUCUGUCAGGUCUCUGUCACACUUCAAAUGCAAAUUACCUUCAUCACAGCGCCCAGACGAGUCUGAAGUUGACGGUAAAUUAGCUAUUCUUCCCUUCUUCCCUUUUUUCUUUCGUUACGAAUUGAAUGGCGGUGGGUAUUGUUCUUUUGAAGAUGACAACAUCAGUGAGUUAUUGGUCCCUGCGGAACAGGGUGUAACUAAGUUAGUUCCCGGCAUCGCUGCAUCCGUGUUUUUUUUUGGUCACUUAGAAAAAUGGAGAAAACGUCGUAUUCCGGCUUCAAACCGCUUAACGUUUUAGUAUUUCAGGACUGCUUAAAUGAUUCAAACAGAUCCAUUGAGAUCUGUUUUUAGAGAAAGCUCUUUAUUCAGGUACAUGAGUAUUGCCCAGGAAGUUGGUGUAUAGUUCAACAACAUCAUAUCUUCAGUGAAUAACUAAUAUAAGUUUUUUGUACGUACAUGUACAGUAGUUUUGCUGACUACUCCAAAAACCUUUGGUAUUCUUGUAGCGGCCCUUCUAAGUACAACAAAUCUAAAGUUUGUGUUUCUUUACAUCCUCCUUGUAGAAGUACUUGUUGAUCUGACUGAUUCAACUCCUCAGAAGAAAAUUUGGCCAGAGAUAACGGAUGCCGGUGCCGCUCCACCCGCUGAUGAAAAGAAAGCAAAAGGAAAAGAAAAAGAAGGAGCAAAGAAGAAAAUUGACGUAAGCAGCCAAAAAUGAUCAACUUGUUCGGCUUUGUAAAUACCUGUAAGAACGGUAUUUUUUUUUCUGUUAGUGACACUGGCGAUUCGGAAAGAUCGGAGUUCUCUAAUAAAGAAAUCGAAUCUAUGAUAUACUGGUUACUAGUCCCUCUCCUUAGUGCAACUGAGCCGUAGAAGAAUCGAGGGAGCUCAGGCCUUAGCCCUUCAUUACAAGACAUCUUUCAUGUCGUUCAAUUUGUCAAAUGUUGGUGAAUUUUCUGGCGUAGAAUUCUCAAGGACUGUGUCUGAGUUAAAGAAGAAAAGAGAGAGAGAGAGAGAAAGAAGGAAAGAAAGAACGAAGGAAAGAAAUAUAAUCCUCGCCUUGUGUUCGCUUCUUCAUUCAAACGUAAAAUAAGAUAGGAAGUUUGACGUUGUGGUACGUCGUGCAACGACGGCAGAGAAAUGUAUAAAAGGAGUGAUACAGGUGCAUAGUUCUUGUUUUGCUUAUCGAAACCUAUUGCUUUUUUGCCGUUCGCGUUGCCGUUUUCGUCGUCUUUGCUUCAGCUCCCCACUGUUGUAAGAAAGACGUUGCAUAUCCUUAAAAUUUAUUUAAUUUUAGUUACGGAAGCCAUAUUAGUUAAGUGACAAAACCUUAGUGCACAUGAUCCUGGUUUGAAGAAGGUCUUUAAAACCGAAUUUAUUUUAGGUCUACCUCAAACUCUCCAAGUAGAAUGUCCGACCUUAAUGGGGAUAAAUCUCUUUUAUCGGGCACAAUUUGAGAGGGGCUGAAUAGUGCUCUUACCAUAUCAAGCGUAAGAGAUGAAUUAAAAGUGAAGAAACUAAAAGUCAGUCAUCACCAAGUCCAAAACAUUUACGAACUCAGCAUACUAAAUAAUAAACAGAUAGCCAUGGAAGCGUUUAAAUACAUGACUAUCUCAAUUAUCAUGGAUACAAAAAAUUGUGAUGAUAACGAGACUAAUAAUAGUUAUUAAUAAAUGAUGAUAAUGAUAAUGAUAAUGAUAAUGAUUAUCUUAACAGGAAGGUAACAGGUUUGAUUGGUGGUCCAAGUACUUUGCCUCUUUGGCUGGAGCUGGUGGUGCGGCGAAGAGUUCGAAAGGAGAAAAGGUCUGUAUUGUCCCAUUUGUAUGUCUCCGUUGUUGCUGUCAUUAUCUAUUUAUUUAUUUAUUUAUUUUUUUUAUUUGAAGCGAUAUAAGCCCACAACAAACAGAAUAACACUGACUUGUUCGAUAGUCAGCAGCAACAUGAGUUGACUGUGUACGUUUAAGGUACAGGUAUAAAGCGCGCAUUGCAUAAAUCGGGUCCUUUGUUGAGUACAAACUUCCAUGAUUGGAAUGUUGUUGAGACUUGUAAUACAGUUCAUUUCCAAGCCAAUCAGGAACAAACGCUGUCUUAGAAAGAAUAUUUUUUCGUCGUAUUUCUAUCGAAAUAAGCAACAACUAGUUCGAGCUAUUGCUUAAAAUCAGUAGGAAAAACUAGUAUUAUUUCUUGCUGAUUAACAGGUACUACAAAACAAAUGGUGAUAUGCCUUUGAAGACAACUAUCCUCCUCAAUUGCUUAAAUAAAAACACUGAUGUUUUAAACUUCUGAUUUUUGCAGCUUGUUGGAUUGUUUACGAGCGACAAGGCAGAGAACCAGGCGGACUUCAAUGACCACAGUAGGAAGUAUUUGUCAAAAGGCUAUGACACUCUCAAGGUUAAUUUAAUGGCUUACCAGUAGUUUAUGUUUCUCGUCAGCCACCGCCCUUUGUUUCUUUGUUAACGUCUGGGAAAAAAAAUUAAGGCGAUGUGAUCUAUUUCUUUAUUAGGUUUAUCACAAGGAGCUGGAGAUGGUCCCCGAGUUUAAGGGCUUCAAUGAUUUCAUCGCAACCUUUCCUCUUCGCCGCGGAAAAACAAAGUCUCCAAAGGACGACGAGGAAGAUGACACCAACGUCGGAGAAUUUAAGGUAAAAACUGCGAUUCACUUUUACCACGACAAUUUGAUCUUAGUCAUUCAUACCCUCCGACGUUCUUGGUACCACGGACGCCAACCGGAGGUAUUUUUGCAGAAUGACAGCCACUGCGCAUGUCAAGACGUUCUUGAGCUGCGGUCACGGACUUCAAAACGCGUGUUGUCAGGUUGAAACCAGAGGUUCAAAUUCUGGGUUCUUCGAAGAGUAUUCGUCAUACAAAGGUAGAAAUUCUUCGUCUGAAAUCAUGUUUUUUUCGGAAGAAAGAAACAAAACCUGACGCAAAUCUUUGAAAGACGUUUUCAACAGAAUUUUUCUGUCGACGUUCGUGAUGGUUUGACGCUGUUUUGCUUAAAGAUUUGCAUUUCGCGCGCAAACUGCGUCCCCGAUUCAGUUCUGCGCGGCCAGCCAUGCCGUUCGUGAAUCAAGAACGUCUGGUGCUUAAGUUCCCUACUAUUUACAAUCACCUACUCGGAAGUAAAAGUCACUUUGAACAGCUCGCGAUUCAAACGGAUCCAUCAUGUUACGGCCGAGACCGUAGUCUAUCAGUUUCAGUGGCCUCUUAGCGGUAAAUACAAUGCGUAGAAACCCUCUGAUUCAUCAGGCAAUUAGCACAACAGAGCAUAAGGAAAUUUGUAAUUCCAAGCCAUAACUGUAUCACUUGCAACAGAAGAUGAUAGUAGAUCGAUCGAAACAUAUCUUACUCAAAAUUCUGCUACUUUAAUUUCCAGGCCAUAAGGAGAUUCCUUUUCAACAGCUCAUAACUUAGCUACCAAUGUUUCUUUACCUUUUAUUUGUUGCUUUUUAUCACCCAUUGAAACGUAUUCCGGAAGUCUAAAAUCUAAUUGAUUUUUUCAAAGGGAGCCUUUCGCAUUUAUCCAAUACCUGAUGAGGUCACAGAUGUCUCAGAGCUGCCUGAAACCAUGUUCACGAACCUUCCAAGCACAGACCCCAUCGAAUGUACCAUCCGUGUCUACGUUGUCUUGGUGGGUUGCAAUCAUGAUAUGUAUAAAAUGACAUGAACCCGAGAAAUUACUGCAUUGUUUAUACUUAUCGUCAUAACCAUCAUUUUCUCUUCAGGCAACCGAGCUACAGCCGCAAGAUCCGAGCGGAUUGGUAAGCUAUAUCAUAAGAUUAUUUACUUGGUUCUUACACAAUUGGUACCUCAAGUAGACUGCAGAGUAUUUCUUCGAACCUUUCUUUUUGCGUUCGACACCAGGAGAACGUAACCUAAUUUUGGGGUUUCUGUGUUACCCAGCGGUGAUCUUUUUUGCCGAACGAAUUUUCCGUUAUCGGUACAAAAGCAAAUUUGCAGAGUUUAUUUUCCUACGUUUUAUGGACGUCAUUUUGAAAAUCUGCUCGAUAUUUUUGUCAAGACCUUCUCGCCUGGCAAUAAAGAUAAUGACCUGCCUCUCACCUUUAUUACAGUACUGUGUAAAAGAAAUGAAUUCAAACUUUCGUUUCAGAGGAAAAAAGAGCAAAAUUUCGCGAAGAUUUGAAAUUUCGCCUCUUCAUGUUAUUUGUUAUAGCUUACUUUUCAGUUUCGUUUCCGAAAUUCCAGUUGCAAAAUAACUUGAAUGAAUGAAUGAAUGAAUGAAUAAAUAAAUAAAUAAAUAAAUAAAUAAAUAAAUACAUAAACGAGACCAAUGAGGUUUUCCCGUCGGACCGUCAUACAAUUGUCGCUCGGUAUCAGACGCAAAAACUUGUCUUUUUUUUUUAUUCAAGGCUGAUCCAUACCUGAUCGUGUCUCUUGGAAAAAAGAAAUAUGACGAGCAAGAUAACUUCAAGCCUAACACACUCAACCCGGUGUUUGGCAAGUAAGUCAAAUACUUUACAACCUAAUCUGUUUGCUGGAAUUUCGAGAUGAACCAAGUGAGGAGUCUGAAUUUUUGUUGCUACCUUAUUAUUAUCAACAUCAUUCUUCCUCUCUUCAUAAUGAUUAUUAUCAGUAUUACUAUCUCUAUCAUUGAUUAUCACUGUUAUCAUCAUCAUCAUCAUCAUCAUCAUCAUGAUUGUCAUCAUCAUUAUAAUCAUACCGACAUACAUCCCAAGGAAGCGAGUCAUAUCAAGUGACUAAGGCUGUCUUGGGGACACUCUCCCGGUACUUACAAGUCAGGCACCCUCCUCAGAGUCCUGGCUAUCUCUAAUGGCGUAGCUUUCUGUAGCAGUUCCAUUCUAACCAUAAUCCAAGUUUCUUAGAUUGACUGAUUCAGUUAACUAACUAAAUGACUGAUUGAUCGAUUGAUUGUGCUUACACAGGAUGUUUGAGUUCAAAGCAGAAAUUCCUAAAGUCAAAGAUUUAAAGAUCCAAGUCAUGGACUACGAUUACUUAAGCAGAGACGAUCUUAUUGGGGAGACAGUGAUCGACUUGGAACAAAGGCUGCUGUCUCGCUUCCAUGCCCAUUGUGGCUUGCAGAGGACCUACUUUACGUUAGUGCUACUAAACAGUUAACCAUUAACUUCGCUAGUGUACUAGUGGGGGGAGAUUGCUUGAUUUGUGUCUCUUGCUAUUUAUGUGGACUUUCACUGGAACACCAACAAAGGUCUUCACCACUGCAACUAAGGCUGCGCCAAAGUCGAAACUAAACCUAUGCUUAUUAAAGACCGUCUGUGUGCCAGCACCGAAAUCCUUGUUCUAGGGUGUACUGAUUAGCCAUGAUUAGCCUUUUGAAAAUGUCCUUGUCGAUUUGCCAACCAGGUUAAAAGGAAAUUCGAAACAGACCCCUUGGUAAUUCGUUGCAUCCGUUGGGAGCCCAGAAGAAGAUUCAGUCAAUUUAGGUUUCUGGGAAACUGCCCACCUACCCCUCCCCUAAGCUAACGUUAACACUUACUUCUUACUUAGGGCAAAAUGAUGGCUUAUGGGAGGGGUAAAUGGGCAGUUUCCCAGAAACAGAAAUUGAUCCCAAGAUUCUUAGUUAGUCAGACGUUACUAGCCGAGGUUAGACUACGUCUGCCAUGCAUCAAAACAUCCAUUUAAGCACAUUAUUGUUUUGUAUUAGAUCCGGGCCCAAUGCCUGGCGUAACUGCGAGAAGCCUUUCAGCAUCCUGCAGAAGUACUGCGAAUCCACUUUGAAGCCUUUUACACUCUUUGAAGGCAAAAAGGAAAACCCUGACAGGAUUGUCAUUGCUGACAGAGAAUACACUCUGGCUCAGUUUGGUCAGUCUCGCUUUGUAUUCAUCUUAAUAUAUUUCUAUUUAUUUGUGUAUUUAUUUACUUUUAUUAAGCGUAGCAUAGUAAGAGGACCUUGAAAUUUCAGUUGAAUAGGGUAGUCAUUACAACAAUAACGAUAAAAAAAAAGCAAGCUAACGAAGGAAAAAAAGUAUAUGAGCGGAUCCUGGGAAGUGAUUUUAGUUUCUGUGUGACGUGUUUGCAUUCUGCGAAGUGUUUUUUGUUCCCACUAGUCACCUUAGUUUGAUGACUUUUUAUCAUAAUAUCCUCCCAAAUCAUUUGUGAAGAGAAGACAGAGAAGACAUGGGAAAGCAUUACCGUGAACGAGCUUUGCCGAAGAAUUUUUUAAACUUUAGCUUUGAACCUAUUCAAGUAUUAUUGAUCAGUUGAAGAAAAAUUCAUGUUUAGCAACGCCCGAAAGACUGCUUCCUGGAUAUUCAUACACCUUCGUGUAACUCGUCUCCUCCUUGUUUUAUUUUAUUAUUAUUAUCUUUGUCUUUUGUGUUUUGAUUUGUUUUUUUGUUUGUUUGUUUAACCUACAACUCGAUUUCUGGGCAUUGGUCGAAACACUUUUGUCUUGUUUGUUGUUUGUCUUUUCGAUGUUCUAUCCUGUGCUAAUUAUUUGCUUCCUCGUGAUGGCCGUGUUGACAGCUAUUUUUGCUUAAUGUUUUCAAUAACAGAGGAAGGAACUCCCCCAGCUGGUGAGGUAGGACCUGCUCAUGAACGUUUGGCUCUUCAUAUUCUGCACACGUUCAACUUAGUCCCUGAACACAUAGAGACCAGAUCUCUGUACAGUCCAGUUCAACCAGAUAUUGAGCAGGUAAGGCAAAGCAAAUGGUAACACUCAAUUUUCACUGUAAGACUGUCUCUGAGAUGCUCGGAAACGUCUGGGCUAGUUUUCCGGUUUCGGGUGACUUUUCUGUAUAAGGUAGAGUUUUCUAAAGGUGAUUGAAGUGGUCAGCGAUGGGUUGAAAAAUUCAAAAUGGUGGUACGGCUCACGCUCGAGUGACCUCAAAGGGUUACAAGCGUGUGGCAACUCAUUUUAGCAGGGUUUUAAACACUCAGGAGUCAAGAAACAGUAAAAAUGGGUUCUUUGGUAGGUUAAUUAAACAAUUCUCUUGCAGAAAAUACGGAAAGCAACGUGGAGAUCUUGGCAUUUUGAGAGCAACUUUUGAGCAACGUUUUGAGAAAUUUUGACCAUAUAUUAUUAUUUUUUGUUUCUGUUUUAUUUUUAUUUUAUUUCAUUUAUUUAAUUUGGGAUAGCCUUAUCGACAACGAAGGUGAAACCAGAAGAGAAGAGGGAAAAUGCGAGUUACCACCCGCUGUGUGGCGAUUUCAGUUGCUCUACUAUAUCUCUACUAGCCCUGAUCAAUUAUUUAUAAAGUUAUUGAAUUCAAUGGUUAUAAUGUUUCUCUUUCUUUCUUUUUUAGGGUAAAAUUCAGUUGUGGGUGGACAUUUUCUCAAAAGAAGCUGGUAGCCCGAAACCACCGGUUGUCAUUGAUGAAAGAAAGCCUGUUAAGUGAGUACAACGACAAGACUUUUUAUAAGGAAUGAUAAAUUUUGCGAAAGAUAUUUGUUUAUUUAUUCAAUACAAUCAAUCAGCGACGGAAGCUCAAUAAUAAACGCUUAGUAACUGCGUUGCGAUAUGCUUGUUAUUUUAGGCAAGAGUUGCGAGUCAUAAUCUGGAACACUACAGAUGUUGUGCUUGAAGAGGAGUCCAUUACGGGCGAGAAGAUGAGUGACAUUUAUGUCAAGGGGUGAGUCCAGUUUAUCAAUAUUUACGCGCUAAAAUCAACACCAAUGGAAUAGGAGAGCAAGUGCAAAGUCUUUAAUAUAAAAAUGUCAAAUAAAAGAAAUUAACAAAAGUAUAAUGAUAAGGUAAUAAUUUUGUUGGUCUAAGCACGCAACACAGAAAGAAUUACGUAUGGUAACCUUUAACCAAUAUCGGACACGCUCAGGUGUAGGCGCUAUUAGCUCGCUGGACUGCAUGCGAGCAGAGAAGUGAUAUCAUCACUUCUUCUGUGGAACCGUGACCUAUACGUACGCUCCUGGAUAGGAGUUGUAGUAAUAGAUCUGAAAAGUGCAAUGCGUUGCCGCAUGGUCCGGUAGACUAUGAUACUGGUUGAUUGGAUGUUGAUGAUGUUGAUGUUGAUGAUGAUGAUGAUGAUGAUGAUGAUGAUGCUGAUGCUGAUGCUGAUGAUGAUGAUGAUGAGGACGACUACGACGGCGACGAGGACGACGAUGAGGAUUAGGAUGAUGCUGAUGUUGUUGAUUUCACUGGUCACGAAUAUUAAAGUAUUCCAGUAUUAUUAAACCUUUUUAACAAACGCGAUUGCGAGGUGUCCAUUUGGUGACUUACCCUCUAUGUCUCUCCUUUAGGUGGAUUGACGUUAUCAAUGACAAAGAGAGGACUGACACUCAUUACAGGUAAGGCUGUCCACUAAAACGGGGACAUUUUCAGGGAAAUUAUGCUUAAUGAUUGAGUGAGAGGUUAUUUGUUUCUAGCCGGGAUCUUUAACCCCUUUUAAUCAGUACUUUGUUCAGGGACAUAACAUUAAUUGCUGGUCCUCGCUUAUUAAGUUACCGACUGAAAAGCUCUUUCGUUCAAGUCGAAUGUUAAUAACGCGACUAAUCUCCAAGUUAUCACAUUUUUUUUAGCCUGCGUCGUAGGCGUAAUUUAACCCAUGUAACGUUUGCGAAGCAGCCCCGACAUUCUUGUUCUAGGCCCCCAACGAACUCAACGAAUUACCGGAAGUGCGUUUCGAAUUUCCUGUCAUCUUGAUUGGCAAAUGGACAAUGGCUUCUUCAACAGGCCAGUCAUGGUGGGGUGGGGACCUAGAACAAGGAUUUCGGCGCUGUUUCGCUGACAGACUUAACCAGAGUUAAGUUUCGUCAGUGACGCAGGCUCAGUCUUUACUGGCUAGGGAAUCGAAAAAGAAAAAUGGAAAUCGAAGAAACAUUUCAAAGUUUCAGUGACUUUUAAUUUAUUCGAGUCACUCUGUUUGAAAUUUAUGGACACGAGGUGGUUAAAUCACGUCGUGAGGAGAAAAUGCCCGUUGGAUUUCUUUUCAUGAAACAGAAUGAAGCCGUAGCGAGGGAGAAGUACAGUGUCAAACCUUGAACAAAUAACACACUAGCUACUAAGGGACUAGCCUUCCACACAGCCAACAUUUGAGAAGGCAACCCGAAGUCUUUCCAGACUGAUAACUUUUCACUACCCAGAUCUGGGUGGUGUUUCUGAUUGGUCGUGCCUCGUGAAAGCUUUUGUUCAACCAAUCAGAAGCUCUACCCAGAUCUGGGCAGUGACACGUCAUCAGUAUGGAAUUUCCACGCCUGUUUCUUACUAAAGAAGUUAUUUCUCCAGGAAAAUAGUGUAACGGCUACCACUCUUGACUUGCUCUUGUAAGUGAGGGAAAGAGGGGAAAAUCGAUUGACAGCUGGCUAUGGGCUGACAGAUAUACCCUCUGGUUUGCCUUGCAAAGCUAAGCCUGACCUCAUGUUUCACAUACGAUUUUUACAGAUCUUUGGAUGGUGAUGGCAAUUUCAAUUGGCGAAUGGUGUUUCCUUUCGACUACUUGCCAAUUGAAAAGAAAGUGGUCGUGAAAAAGAAGGUAAAAUGCUAGUACCAUUGAAAGUCAACUUCCAAGCAUUAAAAUUGAAAUUGAAAUACAGAACAUUAAAAGUUUUGAAUAUUUACCCCUAACGACUAUAAAAUUUGGUCGCUUUGAUGAAAUGUAAUGUGUCGUAUGGAAGACAACAGUACGUGUCCUCGUUACAUUAAAGUAUAUGGCUGACCCAUGAUAUAAACGAAAGUCUUAUUCCUUCUUAUUAAUUCGUAUUACUUCUAAACCAACAAUGCGCUACUUCCGACCAAGUCUACAGAUUUCUUUCGAAGAAAUGAGAACGAUUUUAUUUUCGAAAGGUUUGGUGCUAAUUUGAACAAAAAUACGUACACGCAUACGCAAAUGAUUCCCCAGUUACGUUUGCAACCAUUAGCUAGCUGUUGUGGUACGUAAUUGAUUCAAGACGUUUAUAUUCUUCCCUUCUUGCAAUUCAACCAUCAAACGCAUCUAAUCACCUAUUUGAACCUAAAUCAAAGCCUUUGCCUCCGAAAAAAAAAGAGAAACAAUGCACUCGCGUGGCAUAUAUUUACUCGCUUUGCUUUUUUUAUUUCUGUAGGAGCACUUCUGGAGUCUUGAUGAGACGGAAGAAAAAGCGACAGCGAAGCUUAAGAUACAGAUUUGGGAGAAUGAUACCUUUUCCAGUGAUGACUUUAUCGGUAAGAUUGAUAUGCCUUAAAAGAAUAUGACCGUCCUCUGUUCAGUAGUUUCUUUUGUAUACAUUUACCUAAUUUCAAGAACGAUGUGAUAGAAAAACGCCAAAAGGAAGGAAAGGAAAAUGCAAAAUGCUAAAUAGGAAUUAAUCAGACUCACUUCCCAUUUGGCUUUUUCUUUUUCUUUCUUUUCUUUUUUUUUUUCUUUUUUUUUGUUGCUUUGUGUUUUUCUUUUUUUUUUUUUUUUUUCACUUAGCAUUUUUCUAAGGCAAUUUUGUUGCAAUUUGGUAUACAUAUGGCUCUUUUGAUGGACCAGGCAUUAUUUUCUUGAAAGCUUAGAGUUUGACGCCGAUCGCGUAGGUCGAUGAAAAAAGGCUCAAACUCAACCAUGUCAAACUUCUCCAGAGGCAGACGUCACAUUCAAUGUAAGUAAAUCAAAAUUAUGUUUUGAAAUCACAGGCCAACUGGAACUGAACUUGAAUGAGCUGGCAAAGCCUUGCGCUGAUCCUGAUCACUGUGGUAAUCCCAGGAAGGACCCUGGACUUAACGGCAAGACAAUGGACUUGUUUACACAGAAGAGUACAAAGGGAUGGUGGGCAUGCUACAAACCAGGUGUACCCGAACCGCAGGUAAGGAUCUCUCGCAACGAUAUUCUUCACAGGGUGAUGUUAGCACAAAAAAUUUGCUUGAAAUACGAAAAGUUGCCAAAAAGUUGCCGAGUAACUUGUAGGAAGCCCUUGGUCUGAGUCAUCCUCGGAGACCCAGGGGCAGUCAGUCGGGCAGGGUUAAAAGGCGCGACAAAAGUUUUCAAUUAUGGGCGGAAGAGCCCCUGGGUACCGACUCUCACCGGACCAUUUCCAAACGGUCAAGCGAAUGCUGGCUCCUGAUUGGGCACAAAAAAUGCUUUGUAUUAUUGUGCCCAAUCGGCGAACAGCAUCUCCUGAGUUCUUUUCGUGAGUUCGUAUACGACGGCUAUUGACUCGAUCACUGCUUGUCUGGCCCAUGCACCAAAGAAAUGCACGCAGUCAGGAAUCUUUCACCUUGAAAUAAACGCUACAUUUCAAAAUACUGGUAGUCUUAACACUAGAGCCUAAAUAAGCUAACAACGUUGCAGCGACAAAUCGCUUUGUGUGUACUGGAGAAUUUUUGUGAAAAUCUUUGUCGCUGCAACAGAAUUUGUCGCCGCAACAAGUCGCACAAAUUCAGUCCGAUUUGAUUUUUUGCGACUUGUUGCAGCGACAAAAUUCUGUUGCGGAGACAAAGAUUUUAACAAAAAUUCUUCAGUACACACGAAGCAAUUUGACGCUGCGACGUGUCGCCUCACCUUGUUGCUGCAACUAGUCGCCCGACCUGUACACAUGGAGUGAUCUGUCGCCGCGACGUGUUGCAGCAACUUGUCGCCUAGUGUGUACCGACCUUCACACACAACCUAUCUUUUUUACUUCAGGUUUUCCCACGCAACGUAAUUAAGAUUGAUUGACAUGCUUCGCCUUUCUCAAAGCUUGGAAACCGCAAGUUCGCUAAGCCAGUUUUAAUGAGAUGCAAAGUAAAGUUACUUGAGAUUUUGCUUAUGCCUUCACACGCGCAUUUUUGGUUAAGUAAAACUUAGCAGCCUAGUGUAAAGACAACCACUAACUACAUGAAAACUAAAGACGCUUUUCCAAAAAUACAAGCUUUAGCUUACAACAGCUAUUCACGCUUGCAUCGAUCACGCCUUCGUAAAUAUAGGGAGUUUAAUAUGGCGCGACAGCUGACAACCACGAAAACGUCGCAUGAAGAGUGAACUCACAUUUGUUCAGUCUCUAUCGUGAUUAUUCCAACUCACUUACUUUGUCAAAUGCAAGCGAACUCCUCUGGAAUUGAAUUUCUCUCAACCAUCUCCAAGUUCAUAAAGAGAAAGAAAAUUUUGUCAUUGCUUGUUUACGUCCUUCACAAAACGUGAAAUUAGGCAUUUUCACGUGGUAGUCGUGCAGUGACGGCAAAGAAAUAUAUGCAAAAAAGCGUGAUGCACGUGCAAAGUUGUUGUUUUGCCUUGUCAAGCUAUUGCUUUUUUUACUUUUUCGUCGCCGCUUCAUCUUAAACUUCCUAUUAUUUACGAUACAUUGUGAUCCGUCAGAAACAGAAUUUUCUCAGUCCAAAUCGGCUCCUGCUGAUAGCAUCCGAAACGUUUUUCGACUCAUCGGUAGUUCCUUCGUUUCUGGUUAGGAAAGCUUGGUGAACGAAGCAACGAACCUGGCAACUGUGGCGAGAUAAUAGUCGUCGUGUACGAACUCACGAAAAGAACUGAGGAGAUGCUGUUCGCCGAUUGGGCACAGUAAUACAAAGCAUUUUUUGUGCCCAAUCAGGAACCAGCAUUCUCUUGACCGUUUGGAAAUGGUCCGGUGAGAGUCGGUACCCAGGGGCUUUUCCGCCUGUACUUGAAAACUUUUGUUGCGCCUUUUCUCCCGGCCCGACUGACUGCCCCUGGGUCUCCGAGGAUGGGUCUGAGUAUGAAGUACUCAGAAACAUCACGUAUGCAAAUAUAAAUGUGAUACUUAAAUAAGCUCUCUCGAGAAAAUUCGUUCAAGUAAUUUACAACAAGGAUUUUUUUAUUUUAUUUUUAUUGCAUGUUUUUCAGGUGUUUUGGUUCUCUUUAUGAUACUGAUAUUUUUAUGAAAUCUUCUGAGAGAUGUUGCUAAAAUCCACCAUAACGCUAACGUUUCGUUAAACAAUGCAAACAUGAAGUUAAGGGGGCGCUUUUUUAAUCCUACGUUCUUCAAAGAGAAGAUUGCAACUUUUUGUCUUUUAGCUGUAAUUCGUUUAUUUUAACCUCAGGGAAAAGUGGAGAUGACUGUUGAGGUGCUUGCUGGAUGGGAAGCAGAGGCGAAACCCGCCGGACAGGGACGGGAAGAUCCAAACCAACACCCCGUCCUGGAGGAACCAAAGUAAGUAAAGUGUAAUGGUUAUGGAGAACGUCAGACAUUUUUGCUCGCGUUCGUAUGAUCGUAUGUCUGAAUAAGAAUACGCAAGAGCUUUGUCAGUAUAUUUCCUGUGAUUUUUGGGCCACGUGCAUCUCCAUAUUUUCUUCAAGUCAUUUUUGUAGCAUUUGAAGAUUCAAUGAAUGCCAAGACAAGUGAUUUAUAGCGAUUCAGUACCUUUUAUUGUUUUUCUUUUUGCGGAAUACAAUAAAUCAAUAUGGUAAAAUAAUUGUUUGAUUUUGUUUUUGUUUUUGUUUUGUUCUGUUUGUUUGUUUGUUUUUUUUACUAACUUUUGUGAACUGGAGCGCCCACCACGUUUGGUAGGAUUGUUUCAUAUCAAAUAAUUCAGCCAAAGUUUGCGAGCCAAAACCAAAAGAAAAUCCAAGAUCAUAAAAGUCCCAACUGGAUUUUAUGUAUUCAUUUAUUUUGUUUUAUAUUUUUUUUCAGCCGUCCCGCGACCUCUUUCUUAUGGUUCACGUCUCCUUUCAAGACUCUUAAAUACAUCAUCUGGAGGCGAUACAAAUGGAUCAUCCUCCUUCUUCUCAUCCUUAUUAUCGUCGCUCUGCUGAUUGGCAUUUUCAUCUACAGUAUGCCCGUAAGUAGCAAAACCCAAAACCUUAUCCUCAGAAUAACAUAUCGGAGUCAACCUUGUUACCUUGCGGACAUCUCGCUUUUUCAGAUUCUCACCCCCCCAAUUUCGUAAAUCCUCUACUAAGCCCCGGGGAAAUUUUAUUUCUAGCUCCGUUGGGGAGGGGUCUGGGCUUAAAAGAGAGGAGGCAAAACAGGCCGGGUACUAUACAGUCCUUUUGAAUAAUAAGUAAAGGAUGGUAUCAAUUCACCAUAAAGAAGUAGAGAAGUAGAGCUCUAGUUAACAAACUGUAACAUCUAUUGAUUUCGCUGUGAAGAAUAAGAGGCAGGGGGCUCAAAAGAGAGGGAGAGGCUUGAUAACUUUCUUCCUCUAAAAGGGCAGGGGGGGCUACAUGUAUCAGAGGGGGGGCCCCAUUUAAGAGGAGGGGGUUUCAUUGAGGAUCUACGGUAUACUACUAACGGGCCGUAAUCUCGUAAGAGUUUUUUUGAAGACGGUGCUACUACAUUGCUGACUCUUUCACAGCUUAUCCGUUUUCGUUUGUCACCUUUCUUUCUUUCACUAAAUAAACGUUUCGUGUUUCGCUUGUGUUGGCCGUUAUAUCGAGGUGAAUUUGUGGAUAUACAUACACUUUAGGGUUUUGUAAUGCUUGGUAAAUAAAUAAUACAUAAAUACAUGAAUAAAUAAACAGUAGUCUGAUCAAAUGGCGGAGUGGAGUAGAAAGAAGGUAAAUGUGUAUUUGGAAGGCUCACAUUGUAGCAUAGACUCGCAACGACACAUGCUGAAAGGUGCCAAACGUUUUACCGAUAUCCACUUUAUGGAAAUUAUACUACAUUUUUUCUUCAUUACAGGGCUACACUGUGAAGAAGAUGUUUGGAGUAUAAGCCUGAUGAAGCUAAAUGUCCGGUACCUGAUGAAUGGCACAUCUUUUAUUUCCGUGUACCGCACUAGGCAACAUCUUCUUUAAAUAAAUUUGAAUGCUUCGAGUGUUGCAGUAAUUGAAGCUAGAAUUAAAUUAAUUCUCUGAAAUAUCAACAAAUAAAUUUGAACCAAAUAAUAAUAAUUUCCUUAGGUUAGUAGUUACAGUAAUUCUCUCCAAAGAGGUAAGGUUGAUAAGAAAAUAUGAAUGUAUACAAUCAAGCCGUGAGCGUUCAUUGGUCGAUUAAAUUUACCGUGUUUGUUUCACAGAUACUUGACAGUUCGUUACAAAUAGCUUAACUCCCACUUAUUUUGCCUUUAAAGACACCAAAUCCAAAUCUUCUUUUCUGUAAACUGCUCGAGACUGCACAUAUAAAUGUGAUUGCAGUCUCGAAUAUUUGUGAUGCUAUGAAGUAACAUUCGUCCUCAUGUAAUUGUAAAUUAAGUGCCAAGAUACCUUUCAUGGUGCAACAAGUUAACGGUUUAGGGGAAAGUGACAAUAAAAUAAAAUGAGUGAAUUCCUUUCAUAUUUUAUUGUCUAUAUUUUUUAACCUUUUAGUACUCUUGGCAGGAUUCAUUUUUGUGAACAUUUACCCGUUUUCCUGGCGCAUUUCACUUCCACGUCUGUGUUAAGAUCUCAAAUGAAUUCAUUAUUCUUGAGAGCAAAUGUUUGUUGGCUGUAUGAAAUGGUGUGUUCUUUAAUGUUUUACUUGAUAAGUACAUUUUGAAAGCGUAGACGAUGGCUACACAAGAAUUCUUUUUAAUUUAUUUGACACCAUAAAACUGCCAUUUGGAAUUUGGGGUGGAUUUCUUGAUUUCUGAUUUCUCCAGUUGCACACAAUACGUAGUCAUGAAAAGUGCAAUAAGCAUCAUCCAAGCCAAUGGGGAAUUGACCCGUUUGAUGCUGUUACUCUACGUAUACCGUACCCGAACAGGCAGCCCCAGAAAGCUCUUCGUGCAGUUUGCGACCCCUCCCAUUCCCUUUCGGCUCACCCCACCUCUUAGGCUAAAUAACCCGAAAAUGUGUAGCCUGAGCGGACCAGGCUCCGCAGUGGGGGAAAUAGGAAAAAACGGGGACAAAUAGGAAGCGAAGCGAAGCGAGCCGAGUAGUGACCUGGGGAGGGGGAAAGGGCGCCGACUGCGGAGCCUGGUCCAAGGCUUGGAAAUUUGAUGGAGAAUAGGCGAUUUCGUUGUUUUAAAUAUUAUAUUUGGCUUUAAAGCGAGUGGAAUAAAAUAGUCAAACAGAAAAAGGGGUUAUUCAUUCAACCCUUAACCUUCAUUUCGAUUCUUUUGUUUUAUUCCCACAAUCUCCGGAGAGAAGGGACUUUAAGAUUCAACGACGCGCGUAUGGCAACGAGAACGUCGUUAAAAAAGUGAAUUUGCUUGAUUUCAGUCUUUAUCGCAAUUAUUCCUAAAAACUUCCUUUGUCAAAUAUGGGCGAACCCUCAUGAAUUUUAAUUCCUAGGCGCAAUAGCCAAGUUCAUAAAUUCAUAAUAAAAUUUCGUCGAUGCUUGUUUUCGUCUCCUUUAAAACGCGAAAUUAGGCAUUUUCACAUCGUAGUCGUGCAAAAACGGGCAAAGAAAUGUACAAAAAAGCGUGUUGCACUUUCAAAGUUAUUGUUUUGCUUAUAAAACUAAUUGUUUUUUGACGUUCUCGUUGCCGUCCGCGUCUUUGGUUCUUAAAGUCCCUAGUAUUAAUUUCAUUACCCAUGUGAUGGUAGAUAGCCCAUUACUCAGAGAAAGGACAGG